GGAAUUUCACUGCGGAAAGUUUUACUGCAGAACUACCUGUUUCCAAACAAGAAGAAUAACCCGAAAACCGACCUGGCUGAGCUCGGAGCUUCAGGUGUGGAGCAGGAGCGGGACUGGGCGGCGGUGGCUGCGGUUCAGUGCCGCCUGGACAGAGAGGGAGGGACGAAGCUGUUCACCGAUCUGGUGAUGAGCACCAAGAACGACAAGAUCUUCCAGGAGAGCAUCCAGCUGGCCAUCUGCCUGCUGGAGGGAGGAAACACCGAGAUACAGAACUCCUUCUACAAACUGAUGAUGGGCGACAACAAGUCAGAGAAGUUCUUCAAGGUUCUCCACGACCGCAUGAAAGAGGCUCAGACGGACAUCAAAGCCACGGUGUCGGUCAACGUUGGCGAGAUGACGCACAAAGCCAACGAGAAGGAGCUGGAGAGCGGCUCUACGACAUUAGUGCUUCCUGGUACCGGAGGGCACCCGCUGCUGGUCCAGGGUCAGUCCAUCGCGCCGGUCGCCGGCGCCUCGGCCCUGCCGGUUCAACCAGCGGCAGAGCAGAGGGAGGUGGAGACGGAGAUGGGACCAGCUGUGACCAUCAUGAAGCCGAUCCUGAGGUUCCUCCAGCUGCUCUGUGAGAACCACAACCAGGACCUGCAG